CUCUCCCUCCCUCCACGAACUCCGCACUAACCCUAAAUUCUCCUCUCUCCGUCUUCUUUCUCCUUUCCCGCGUAGUCUCUUCCCUUCUCUCCUCCCCACACAUCACAAUGGUGAAGUACGCGAGGGAACCCGCCAACGCUACAAAGUCAUGCAAGGCGAGAGGUUCAUACUUCCGCGUCCACUUUAAGAACACGCGCGAGACAGCGCAGGCCAUCAAGCACAUGGACCUCACCAAGGCCAAGCGCUUCCUGGAGGACGUCAUCGCGCACAAGCAGGCCGUGCCCUUCCGCCGCUUCUGCGGGGGCGUCGGCCGCACCGCGCAGGUGAAGCUGGUGCACACCAACGGCCAAGGCCGGUGGCCCGCCAAAUCGGCGCGGUUCCUGCUGGACCUGCUCAAGAACGCUGAGAGCAACGCCGAGGUGAAGGGUCUCGACGUGGACUCGCUCCACGUCAGCCACAUCCAGGUCAACCGCGCGCCCAAGCAGCGCCGCCGCACGUACCGCGCGCACGGUCGCAUCAACCCCUACAUGUCGUCGCCGUCCCACAUCGAGCUGAUUCUGUCGGAGAAGGAGGCGGAGGUCAGGAAAGAGGCGGAGGAGGGUAGCCGCAAGACCAAGAAGCAGGGCAGGCUUGCCAACUGAAGGCUUGACUAGAUGUGGCCAGCAUCUGCUAUAGAGUGCCCAAAUUGCAUUGAAUGUAAGGUAUUGCGGUCAUGUUCAAUUCCUUAAUGUCUUAAUUGGCAUUGGCUGCAAGAAAGAGCAUUGUGUAACCGAUUUUCACUGAUGACGUGUAACCUUCAAUCAACUCGUUUUGGUAAGAGCGUGUUGCUACAACUCUUAUCAGACUCUCCCUUCAACAGAUGCGGGAUGU